AACAGAGUUCUAAUACUAGGGACCAAACGACGGCGUUUUGAUCGUAUCCGUUUUCUCCACUCAUCUAAGUUAACAUGCACACUCAUUUCUCACGGUCGUCCUCCCGGCAAUUCCAAUUCAUACGAUUCUUUGGAUCUUCAUAUGUAAAUUUUUAUUGAUUACUCAAUAAAUUGUGGAUCUCAUAAUUUUUUAUACAAAAAUGGCUUCAUUUUCUUCCAAUAUUCGAACUGUAGAGGAGAUCUUCAAAGAUUACAGCGCUCGUCGUGCCGGAAUCGUUCGUGCUUUAACUGAUGAUGUGGAUGAAUUUUAUGGGCUCUGCGAUCCUGAGAAGGAGAAUUUGUGUCUAUAUGGAUAUCCAAAUGAAACUUGGGAAGUCAAUCUGCCAGCUGAGGAAGUUCCGCCCGAGCUUCCUGAACCAGCACUUGGUAUCAAUUUUGCAAGGGAUGGCAUGAAUCGUAGAGAUUGGCUUUUACUAAUUGCUGUGCACAGUGACUGUUGGUUGCUCUCUGUGUCUUUCUAUCUUGGCGCUCAGCUCAACCGAAAUGAAAGCCUUUACAGUGUACCAAUGGUUUUUACCACUUACAGGAAGCGACUGUUCAGCUUAGUGAAUGAUCUGCCUACAGUCUUUGAAGUUGUGACUGAAAGGAAGCCAGUGAGAGACAAACCCAAUGCAGACAGCGGAAAUAAAUCACGUGGCAGUACAAAGAGAUAUAGCGAUGGUCAGGCAAAAAGCAAUCUAAAACUGGCGGAAGAGAGUUACGAGGAGGAUGAAGAUGAACACAGUGAAACACUAUGCGGAAGCUGUGGGGGAAAUUAUAGUGCAGAUGAGUUCUGGAUUGGCUGUGACAUCUGUGAGCGGUGGUACCACGGGAAAUGUGUGAAGAUAACUCCUGCUAGGGCUGAGAACAUAAAGCAAUACAAAUGCCCGUCUUGCAUGAAGAGAGGAAGACAGUAGUGGUUACUAUAUCAUCCGAGGAUUAACAGUGUCAAUUUGGUGGCCGACCAAGUAGAUAGCAAUAUUUAUAAUGUUUGUACCGGAUUUCUCCUGUUCGUUUAUAACAGAUGAAGGCAAAGGGAAUGAUGUUGGGUUUCUUCUUUAGUCAGCGCUCUCCUAAAAUAUUACGGCCUAAUAUAGAGGCAUAAUUUUAUUUUAUUUUUCUUUUAAUUUUAUAGUGGAGGCUAUUAUGUACUACAUUCUUAAUGGAUAUGUAAUAUACUGUCUGUAUAUGCACA